AUGUCGGGAUCAACACGGCGCUCGAACCUCGCACUGGCUGUUGUUUGCAGACCGAGCAGGCGUAAAGCCGAAGCCUCGAGAAAAGUGGCGGUGUCAACAGCUUCCAGGAGCUGCCCAUCGUACUUUGACUCCAGUCGUCUUGGGCAUCUGACCUUCUCUGACUACCCUAGCACCUUCCUUCAGCGCAGUUUGACGACCUGGAAACGAACAUUCGACGAUCACGACGACAGUCAUGUCAUCUACUUCACCAAGAGCGGCGGACAAUGUCUGUCUUACAACAAAGAAUUGAGGCGCUGCCAUCUACGAAAGCGGACCAUGCCAGACAGUUGGCUGCGUCGGCGGACAGAAUUUGGCUCUAUGUUAUGGCGAGCAAAGCAAGAGCGCUCGACGAAUCAGCAACAACAGACUGCUCGUUACGACGACAACGGAUCGCAGAUCGUGUCCACUCUUCGAACGUGGUCACAUCGAGGUACAAACACCGACUCCUCGCAAGCUGAGGUCAGCAGAAGACCAUCGCCAGCUACUCUCUCGGCAGGGACAGAACGGCCAAAGGAGUCAGGUCAAGGUUUCAGAGAUCACUGGUGGCAACUCAGCCGGCGGUCCAAUGCAGAUCGCAGGGAGAAGAAUCCUCAUGCUUUCAGGUCGGUGACUCGCAGCGUAAGGUUCGAGCAGCUGGACCGAGACGUCGUGGCAGAGCGACUUGACCGAUCGUCAACCAUCGUGGAUGAACGCUGCGAUGUUUGGCGUCGAUCACGAUCUCAAACUGAUUUGGGAGCGUCUGGAUGGCAGUUGAGGACAGGGUCCAGCCGGCCAAACGACGGAUUUGGAAAGGGGAAAACCAGGUUUGAAUCUGGUGCAGCUGCAGAGCACCACCGGUCAUAUGCAGGAUUUUCAGAGGCAGACGUCAGAGGAGCCUCGCCAAAUCCGGAUGCACCUUCAACGCGAAGGACCCCUUCUUCGAUUGGACGAAGGGCGUGGAGCCUCGUUGCGGCAUCUUUUCGAUCUCAUGGUACAAGAAGCAGAAGCCAAUUGUCGAGCCAAAACGGCAGCAAGGUCAAGAGCGAUACAGACAUGGACGUCUUUCGUCGUCGAGUCGAAGGAGGUGUUGGCAGCAUCAGCACAUCUGCUUCGAGGGAAGGCGUUGGCUGGAGGCUUGCGCCGAAAUCGCGGCCAGGUCCCGUGUGCAGUCGCUGCCAACGUGUGGAUGGAUCCAAGAAUUUCUCGCCUCGUCGAAAUACUGCCGACCACUUUACGGGACGCGAAAACGGCGGCUUGGCAGCUGACGUCGAUAAUCGUCAAGGCUUCCACUGCCGAGCUGACACUGCUGCUCGCCUCCUACCUCUACCUCAGUCUCAGUCUCAGCCUCAGCCCCAGUCUCGUCCUCAGGCUCAACCGUCUUUUUCCAGAUCCGACCAAAUUCGGCGUGCAGCACCACGCCGCAGACUUUCCCAUUUGGGCUUCUUUGCCUCGACGAAAAAUCCAGUUUUAUCAUUCUGGCGGCAGCAGGCGGAAGAAGCUCAAGCUGAAGCAGAUGCGCAUGGAUGCAAAGCCUCCGCCGGCUACUUUCAGGAUCGAUCGGCACUUGUCACGGCAUCGAGGGCAGCAUUCAAUCUCGUCUCGGCGACAAAGGACGACCCGCUCGCUUCCUCCUUCGACAUCUACAAGCCCCAUCCGUUCGGAGUCUGGCACCACAAUCGCGAAGGACCGACAAGCCUACCGCAUCCUCCCAGGCGAGCCUCUUCUGCUUCGUUUUCGGGAAUCCCAUCCGGGCCCCUUAGUCCAUUCACAAGGCACACUCGCAACGUACAUUCGUUGGGAACUAUUCCCGACCGUCUGUCUGCCACCGUGUCUCCACCUUCCGUCGGUCGAGAGGGCUGCUCGCUCGAGUACGCCCAGGUACGCGCGUCCGGUUUCCCCUUCGUCAUGCCCGACAGUGGAUCAGAGGCCACACAUACCCCUGGCACCGAGCCGGCAUCCGAGAUCGGCUCGCUUCGCAGGUUCAACGCGGCAUCAGACGCGGGCUCUGCCAGCAUGAGCAGAUCCUUCUCCGAUCAGCCAAGUAUGCGCAGCUACGAAGAGAGCUCCGUCAGCGCCAGAGGUCCUGCUGCAACCAUCCAUCGCGCCGCUGGCGAGCACCUGGGCACUUCGCUUCGAUCACACUUUGUUCCAUCACCUGCCAAAUCACCCUCGCAGACCAACCUCUCAGCGCCGCCUCACCAAGACAUUUCGCCUUCAACCCCGGACCACCUCGACGCUUCGAACGCUUCCAGCGAUCGUGAAGCUCCACUUUCGACCAUGGCGACUCACCGCGAUGAUGUCGAGGAAGAUGCGUUCCUCGACGAAGCGGAAGCUGCGGCGUUGCGACCUUUCAACGACUCCAAUGCCAGCUCAAGCAGCUCUCCCAUCAUGAAGCUAAGCGCUCCAUCUGCAACAACGCCUUCCCUGCGCGACUUUCCCGUGAACGCAGAACAGAAUCCAAGCUUCGAGUCCGUAUAUGCACCCGUUCGUCAGAGGACCGACUCUCGUCCGACCAUCUCUCCCAGCGGCACCUCGCGCGCCAUCACAACUCCUGCGCCAAUGCCUGUGCCUCAGGCAUUGGCCGACCAUAGACCCACCGUUCGACGCGCCGAUGGCCAGCGGGCAGAGAGCGAGGUGGUCCGCAGUCGCAGCUCGUCAAAACCUUUCAGCUUCCCAGCUCGCGCCAGCGCUCAGUUCACGCCGCGAGAGCGCCAGGACGUGCUACAAGGUAAACACUCGUCCGCCAAGAAUGGCGACUCGAUGAUCCGAAGGUUCAUUCGCAGAGCCAGCUUGAAGGGCAGAAAGUCGCAAUCGGUAGGGAGCGCGCCGUCCGUGGUCGGCAAUCCCGGCAAGACGUCGGUGCCGCUUUCGUCAGAGUUCGGUUUGCAGGAAAGCGCGGACAACGCUACACCGCGCGCCAGUACCCUUUCUACCACUCCUAUGACACUCACUCGACGUCGCAGCAAGUCGAGGGAGCGCAACUCGUCAAAGACUUCCAAGUCGUCUUCUCUCUUCGCACCCUUUCUCGCUCGCGAUCCCAACAAGAGAGAAGGCAAAUAUCGCACAAAGCGCGACGACUCCUUCGGGCAUGCAGGACCAAUGCCACGUGACGACGACGCAUCGCCGUACAUUAGGGACAGCUUACCUCUCAGCUCGAGCUCACCGUUCCUUGCACGCGACCCCAGUUUCGGAACUUUCACACGCUCCAUCGACGAUGACGUACAAAGCAGAGACUUUGCAAUUGUUCAGGCUUCGCCGAAGCGGCCGCAUUCCGACAUGCCAGAUGAGCAAGGAGCAAGCGAGGUGCUCCAGAGUCCUCAGCUGGCAGAAGCUGAUGACCUCGAGGAGCACGAUCAGCGACCAUCGUCACAGUCGACCGAUCAGACCGACUACGGCGUUGGCACCUCCAUCCCGAUGUCAACGGGAGAGCAAGCCUCUUUGGGCCACGGUGAGCUAUCUGCUACGCCGGGGCAACCAUCCGAUGUUGCGGAACGUUUGUCCGCUUCCUAUGAUCACAGUCAAGCUGCCCUUCCGUCCACCGGCCAUUCGAAAAAGGCCCAGGAGCUCACACGUCCGAGACCUGGCAUUCCUCGUAUCUGGCAAGGUCUCGAGUCAGUCGAUGCCGAUCACACCUUGCGCUCCACGCACAUUGACGAUGCCGAUAGCUCCGACGACACGCCGCCCGAUCACAAACUGCCUGCAAACCGUUUCGAUACGGCUACCACCACGAGCUCAUUCAAGACGGCGGUCAGCAGCCUUGAUUCACCGCCUAGAACUGCUUCGACACGUCGGCCCAGGGAUGGAUCGAGAGCAUCAAGAGUCAGUCUGCGAACGCUGGACACGCCUUUGGCCCGACACUUCGACCAGAGCCCUAGGCUGGACUCCCCGCUCUCCGAUCUCAUCACCAGCAUAGAGAGACGCAUCAGCACUCGCAGCAUCUCCGGCACAACCGGGUCGGGACACUACCUCGAUGCUGUCGCUUCCCCUAGCAGCGAAGCUUUGCAUCUCGAGCCGGAUCACGUUCGCCACGCCGCCGCUCAGGAUCAUUCGCCUCCACCUUCGCUGAUCGCACGCAACGGACAGCACCACGAUGAUUUCUCGGACGAAGACGACGAUGCAUCCCUUCGCGCUGUGCCCCGAGAGACGCAUCUGCCGGCCGCCUCGCACACGGCGCUUGUCGAGACGCUCAACCCCUCGAAUCGCAAUUCGCUCAUCGAGCCGGCAGCCAGCACACCCCGUCAGGCCGCCUUCCCAGGUGACGGUGGAUUUUCGCGCUCAAAACGCGACACCUUUGGCGGACUCGAAUCGACACCUCUCGCGCAGGUGGCAUCUAGCGAGGGUUCAGCUGCCGCUCAUGCAACUCGUCCGCAGUUCUCUCGCUUCUCCUCAGCGACGGCCGGUCCUGAGGACGAUGAUCAGCAUGUCGAUCGCCUACCUGGCGAGGACUCCGAGGAGCGCGAAAUUGUACUGCCCGAGGUCAAGGUUUCGGAGAUUGAGAGCCAUCUGGCAGCUGUUGAAGCAGCUUUGCAGGACAACAGACAUGGAGGCAGCUUCGAUCUCACCUCGCUGCGGCAGCGCAUGUCGGAUGCGUCUUAUUCAAUGCACGCCAAUCCAUCGUCAAGCAGCAUGGCUUCUCGAGACGCAAUACUGCCUUCGACGCCGCACUUCGCACACAAGAGCACCGACGAACUCACGCUGCCUGGCGCAUGGGCUGAGGACAACGCCUCCUCCGUCACGACAGCUGACGACGGGCGACGCAUCACGCUCGCGCCCGAGUCACACGAGGCGCUGGCGGAUGCCGUGCGCAGCGUCCGUAGGGCGAUCAGCUCUUCACAGCUCAACGCGGGCGACGAUGCUCACGCCGCUCUCGCCGGUCGAUCCGUCGACACUCUCGGCAUGGAGAGCUUUGUCUCUGACGCCGCUGAGCCAGCCGGCGAACGAACCAUGGCUGCUGACGCGUCCAUGCUGUCCGAGGCCACGCCGGCGCGAGCUGCUAAACGGCGACAGGAGGGCAUGCGCGAUAUCGAGGAGGCGUACAGCCGCAUGCUGGCACUGGUGCAGUCUUCGGCUGUCGGCGUGACGCCCUCGCCGCAGUUGCGCGGGGACGAGGGUCGCCUCGGCUUUGAUCCCCCUCGACGACCGAUGAAGCUCGGCCAAGCUACGUCCGGAGUCAGUGAGCUUGUUUCGAUCUCUCCGCUGGCGAAGGCCUCGACCAAGACGGACGAGCCUCUUGGCAAUCCGACGCAAUCGACGCGAGAUGCGAUGGAAGGUGCUGGAUCUGGCCCUUCUACACGCUCUCAGGCGCGCAUGCAGCCAAGUGCAGAGAAUCGCACAUCCACAUCUCUGUCCGGCCUUAUGGGUAUGCCGUUGGACGUCAAUCCUCACAUGCUGCGCCAGGGCAGUGCGUCCACCGUUUCCUCGCUCCAGGAUGUCUCCAGAGGCGAGUUUGUGGAGGGCUCGGCUUUCCGCAGACGACCCCCUUCGGAUGCCAGAUCGGUGUCGAGCCGCUAUUCGCAGGCGCUCAGCCGAGACCACGCAGCAUCGUCCAUGAUCGAGUCGGAUGGUUUCCGCAAACGGUUCAGCACGGACAACACCACCGUAGGUCGGGCCAGCUCUGGCGCCGGACACACUUCACCGUCCGCGACAGCCAAGACGCUGGGCACCCCUCGGUCUUUCGCCACGUCCGUCUCGCAACCUUCGCUCGCGCACAUGGUACGUCGUCACGAGCUAGAAAAGGAAAGUCUGCUCGACACGCUCGAGAGGGUGCGCGCCGAAAACGCCGAUCUGCAUGCCCGACACGAGAGUCUCACAUCGGAUCUGCACGCCGAGGUUACGCGCGUGUUGGAGCUCGAACGCGAACUCGAGCGUCGCGAUUCUCGCGAGGUUACGCUGAUCGGUCAGAUCCAAGAUCUGGAGACGGAGCUGGUGGAGCUCCGCUACCUCGACUUCCAGCUCAAUUCGAGCGCGGAUCAGACGCUCGGCUCAGAGGACGGCGAGGGUUCCAUCAUGGACGUCGAGUUGCCACCCGGUCUUCAAUCUCGAGCUGGCAUCGGAGCUCUGCCGCUUUCGCCGCGAGGUAUGGCAAAUCCUGCCCUUCAGCCUUCGCAGUCCUUGUCGUCUGCGCUGGGAUCGGCUCAGCCCAAGCCAACGCACAGGAGCACUCGUUCCGAAGCAUUUGUGGCUGGCCUGCCCGGAUCUGGGCGAUCGACGCUGCCUAUCAGCAGGAGCGAGCUGCCACGUGCACGUCCUGUCUCCUUGUUGAACGGACCUGGAGGUCUGUUCCGCGACGACGUUGGCUCGCAGCGAUCCAGCCAAGCAUCGCCCCUUCCUACUCCACGCAGCAGCAGCUUGCUGCGUCAUCCGCAUCGAGCUUCGGCGAACGCCGCGAAGGCUCGCGCGGCAUCGCCUACGUUGAUGAGUCUCAGUAUGCCUAAGGGGGACGAUGAGAUGUGGAACAUUGCGGAUGAACAUCUGCCAGAGAUCGAUGACGAGAUCAUUCCUCCGUAUCAACAAGUGGCUGCUACGGUGGCGCCCGCGGACACGAUCGAUUCACAGUACGUCAAUCUAGGGCACCUUGGCGAGAGCAUCGAGCGUGAUGACGAGGAGGAUCGAUACAGCUCCGGACCAUCUACCGUUCAUCACGGUGGGACGAGUGUCGCAGCCAAUGGCGUCACACCUCAGCGUGACGAGUCUGGUUCCAUGCCACGAUCUGGCUCGCAAGUGACCGUCACCAAGAGCUCCACAGCAUCGCAACUGCCACGUCCAUCUCCCACGCCGAGCAAGAUCCCCACCAGCCGCUCCGUCGGUGGCAUCGCUGAUGCUCCAGCCCAUCGAAGCAUCUCCUCGCGUCUACCGCGUCUCGGUCUCAAACCGAGCUCGCGCUACUCCACCGCAGGAACUGGCAUCCGCAACGUCUCGAACGCCACGGACAAAUCCACCGCAUCCACACUCUCUUCGGUCUACAGCACAAACUCUGCCGGCGCACCUCCCAGCCUCGGCUCUCUUCCCAGCGGGAACAACACCAUGGAGGACGAGAUUCAGGCGGAGCUGGCGCGCUUGGGUAACCCGCAGCCGUACAUGCGUCACUAUUCGCCUCCGAGGAGCAAGAUGAUGUGA